AUGACAGCGUCGGGAGGCUUCCGGGUCAUCAUUGCUGGAGGCGGUAUCUCAGGUCUGACGCUCGCCAACGCACUUGAGAAAGCUGGCAUCGAGUAUGUACUCCUCGAAGCUCGAGAUAUCAUCGCACCAAAGGUGGGUGCAUCGAUCGGAUUCUUCCAGAACGGCGGCCGAAUCCUUGAUCAGCUGGGUUGCCUCGAAGCUAUUGAAAAGGACUCGUGCGCACUUCAUAGAACUCGGAGUCGCGACAAACAUGGCAGACAAUUUGCCUACCCUGCAUUGUUCAUCGAACGAGAGGUCGCUUUGCGCAUAAUGUACGACAAUCUUCAAGACAAAUCCAAGAUCAAGCUGCAGAAGCGAAUCUCGAAGGUGGACCACAACGAGAACGAAGUCACAGUCACUUGCAGCGAUAGCACUACAUUUCGUGGUGACAUUCUUGUUGGUUGCGAUGGCGUUCAUAGCGUUGUCCGUCACGAAAUGUGGCGACUCGCUCACCUACACGAACAACGCUCGUUCGACCCAUCUGACAAGGAAUCGCUAUUUGCUGAGUACCAAUGUCUUUUUGGUAUCUCGACUCAAACAAAGGGUGUUGUUGAUGGGGAGGUCACCGUCAACUAUGAUGAAGAUUUCUCGACUAUGAUCAUUGGAGGUAAACAGAAGGUCUUUUGGUUCAUGUUCAAGAAGAUGGACAAAAUCUGUACGUCUACCGAGCUGCCACGAUACACCAAGAAGGAUGCUGAAGUAUUUGCCGACAACAUUGAGUACUACACUCUCACACCUGAGCUGACGUUUGGCGACCUCUGGAGAAAUCGAACCACUUACACCCUAGUCCCGACUGAAGAGGCUCAAUUGAAACGAUGGUCUUGGGGUCGCAUCGCCUGUGUUGGUGACUGCGUCCACAAGAUGACUCCAAAUAUGGGCGCCGGCGGCAACGCAGCGAUGGAGACAGCUGCCGCUCUCGCAAACGAACUCAAGAAUAUGGUGGACACAGCUGAGAAAGGAAAACCAACCUACGACAGCAUCAAAGCUCACCUUGGAAACUACCAGAAGCUCCGGGACACCCGUCUGACAGCCAUCCUGAAGGCUGCGAAUGACCUCACACGCAUGCAUGCACUCGCAACACUCAAAGACAAGAUCUUUGCCGUCUGGGUUCUCCCCCAUGCUGGCGACUUUAUGUCGAACCUCCAGAGUGAUAUGAUCACUGGCGCUGUCAAACUCGACUACCUCCCGAUACCUGAACGAUCACUACGCGGCACAAUGCCUUUCAACCCGUCUCAAGGGCUCGGUCAGACUGAGUCGAAGGUAUGGAGAGCUGCGAGAGGUCUGCCGUUCUUGGGCAUUACAGCUGCUGCACUGUAUUUCAUGUGGGGUAUUUGUUUACCACACGCGCUGGAGCGCAUUGGCGAGAUCUUGGAGAAGGGCGUACAGAACAAUAUCGGCGAAGCUGUGCAUGUCAAGCCGUUGCAUAGCUUCUACGGUUUCGAGUUUCUUGACAGCAGAUUCAGAGGGCUCGUCGCAUGCUUUGCCUCAUUGCAGUUCGUCGACCUCAACUGCAGCUGGCAGUCCCUCACCUUUUUGACUGACGCUGGGAUCGUCUACUCUAUCUUACUAAUUGAGAGUGUCAGGAGGGCAAACAUCAUGACCUUGGCCUACGUGUAA